GCACUUUACAUUGUUUACCCUCUGCCAAACUCUUCGCUCUUUUGUUUCCUGGGAAAACGCUGUAAUUAACGCUCUUUUGUAAUUUUACGCGUAUAUCUUAUUUUUCUUUCUUUUAUUUUUUUGACUGUCUUUUUUGGAAUCUUAUUCCCUUACUUUCGUUUUAUUCGUCUUUCUUUAUUUUAGUUUGUCUUUUGAAGGCUUUACUUUCUCGUCUUUCGUUUAUUUUUUACUUUCUUUGUUUUCCGCUUUUCUUCCGUAAGCUCUCUUUCCUUAUUGUGGCUUACGUUUUAUUCGUUUCCUCAUAAGUGGCUGGUGUCGACUGUUUAUUACAUUUAAAUCCCGUUUAUUGCGCUACGAACUUUCUUAAUUAAACCAUCAAUUGAGAAGUAUCAUCGACACUUGUUUUCAGGAUAUACGAUAACUUACCUUAGUCAAUCGUUUAUACCACACGUUUCUUUAAGCGGUACUCUUAAUAUUUCUUUUUAUUCUUUCUUUCUUUUAAAACUUACAUUCUUUAACGCGUCUUUUGCGAUUUCCCUUUGGUUUUCUUUGAUUACUUUUCUUUGUUCUCAAGAUCCUCUUAUAUCUAUAACUGAUUAACACUCUUUUGCCAGUUAUUUUGAACUUUCCCACUCGUUUUAUUACUUUUUGUUUUUCUGUUUUGUAUUAAUUCGUUAUGAUUACUAAAUCUUUGUUCUCUUCCCUUUGCUUCCUUGCUGUUGCUUUCCAGCAAGUCUAUGCCGAUGGUUGCUCUAUGCAGAAUGGUUAUUACUACUGUAACCAAGCUUCUGAAGUUGAAUUCACCAAUGUUGGUUUCUCUUCUUCUUACGAAAGAGUAACCAGUAUGAACCCUGAAACUUGCGAGUGCACUAGAACCCCUCAAUCUUUUGGUGGUGCUUUAGCUCCUUUUGAUGAGGAGCUCUCAUUCCAUUUCCGUGGUCCCGUUCAACUAAAACGUUUUGCCGUUUAUUAUCCUGACUCUAACAAUGCUUUGUCUUCUCUUAAGAAGCGGAGCAACCACAAACAUGGGAAGACGAGCUCCAACGAAAACGGUGAACUCAAAAAGCGUGACGAACCCGCCCAGAGUACCCGUACUGUUUAUGAAACUAUCCUUCAAACUGCUUAUAUUAAUCCCGACGGUUCUCCCGCGACUUCAACCUCUGAUGCUGCUGCUGCUUCAUCUACUACUAGUAACUCUGCUGCUUCAACCACUUCUGCGCAAGGCUCCUUAUUAGCUAGUGGCUUUAGUUAUGCUGGCCCUAAUGAGAAAGCUAAUUUGGCUGCUACUAGCUUCAUUACCUCUUCCACCUCUGCUCCCGCUACAUCAUCAUCUUCCGCUCCUGCUUCCACUUCAUCAUCAUCAUCAUCUGGCUCCUCUGAUUGGGUUCGUUCUUCUUAUUAUGAUUCCAAGUCUUCCACUUCAGACAACAUUGUGUUCUUGAAUAACAUGGGUGGUACUGCGGGUAGCGGUGUCUGGUCUUCUUGCUUCGGUAACUCCAUUUCUUUUGCAGCCUCUAACGGUGUUGAUGGUGCUUCUUCUCCUCAAGUCCUUUCCGAUACAAUGCUUAAGUCCGACAAGGAGAUUUCAAUUUGGAGUUCUUCCAAAUGCGAAGGUGAUGACUGCGGUUAUUAUCUUCCAGGUAUUCCCGCUUACCAUGGAUUCUCCGGCACUAAGGUUGUUCUAAUGGAAUUCUCCAUGCCUCAUGAUGAUUCUACUUCCUUCAUCAAUGACAUGCCUGCUAUCUGGGCUUUGAAUGCUCAAGUUCCUCGUACCCUACAAUAUGGCAAGAGCGAAUGCUCUUGCUGGAACACUGGUUGCGGUGAAUUUGAUAUCUUUGAAGUCCUUAACUCUGGUAAUGAGAAGAUGAUUCCUACUCUUCACAGCCAACAAGGUAGUCAGAACGGUGCAGGUGGUGGUGCUGGCUCUAGUGACUAUUUUGUUCGUCCUACUGGUUCUAGCAUGAUUGGUGCUGUUGUCUUUGAUACAUCUUCUUCAACUGUUUACGUUAUUGAUGUUACCAAUAAGGGUGUAAACUUUGAUUCGACAUACUCUUCUUCAGACGUUGCUGGCUGGUUAGAAGCUGGUUCUACGGUCCUUCAACUAUCUUAAACAAGUUCAUGAUACUGAAUACGGUCGUUUUUGGUUAUCUGAUACCCAAUCCAUGGUUUCCUCCUUUGCGGCUAGUUAUUACUUUAACUUAUUUUUGUCUUUGAGAUUCCGGAUAAUUUUAUUUCUCUUAUGUUAUUUGGCUAAUGGUGAUGAACACGAUCAUUAUUCUCAAACUUUGGAUUUAUUAAACGCUGAGGACUAAACUCAUAUAAUUUUUUUACGUACAUAUCCCAAUAAAUAAAUGUAUUAGUCUAAGUGAAUUAAUAGGCUUAUUAUAGUAGACUUUUCCAUGCCCCUAA